AGUAUUAUUGGUACUGGAUUAAUAUUCAGUGGAUACUUGUUGAUACAAAAGUCGUCUCUUCCCAUAACAUACUCUCAGUCAUCAUCGCUGAUGGAUGAACUAGCAUCAGCUGACGACCGAAUAUCGGUACAAGAUAAGAAAGUGUCUGAACUGGUUCGAUCUCUCCUCGUCUACAAACUAUGUUCGCUUCAAUCACUCGUCAAUUUUGCACCCAAUCUAAUUGAACUUGCGAAGCGAUUGCACCUGUCAUGGUUUGCAUAUUGGACGAUUAAAAAGACGUUCUUUGCUCAGUUUUGUGGUGGCCAGACAGCAGAAGAAUGCAUUGAAACUAUGAGCCAAUUGAAGAGCCAGGGAAUAGGAUGCAUUCUUGAUUAUUCGAUAGAAGCAGAUGUUGGAAGCAGUAAAGAUUCAAGUGAUCCCGAGAGUGACGAGUUUCGCAGACCCUUCAACGAAAAAGCCGACUACGUCACAGAUAUGAUGUUAAAAUGUAUUGACACUGCAGCUACUCAUCCCAACAGUUUUAUAGCUCUCAAAUUAACUGGAAUGACCAAUCCUCUUAUGUUACAACGACUUUCGACUAUACUUGUGACAUUGUAUAACCAAUUCAGAAGAUAUGACAAGGACGGUAUAAUCAGCAGAUCGGACUUGUUAAAUAUCAUCAAAGAGGUUUCGGGGAUUAGUGACAAGGCUGCCGAAAAGUUACUUGAUGAAUUUAACAUACCCAACGCCCAGAAGAUCGAUAUGGCUCAAUUUCAGGACAUCUUUUCGAUCGAUAGUCCAAAGAUGCGACACUUUUUUUCUUCUCUUUCAAACUCUCGGCUAACCUCAUCCGAUAUCACUGAUUACGAUAAACUCAUCGUACGCCUCGACCGUUUGUUUACCAGCGCUCGUAAGAAUAAUGUCAGGGUCAUGGUCGACGCUGAACAGAUUCGCUUUCAACCUGCUAUUGAUAGUAUUGCUAUGCGUCUAUCCUGCGAAUAUAACAAACCGCACAGCAGUCCGUAUGGUCCGAUCGUAUUCAACACCUAUCAAAUGUACCUCAAGGAUGCCCGCGAACGAUUAGAGUUGCAUUACAAGAUCUCGCAAAGACGAGGAUUCGCGUUUGCCGGAAAAUUGGUCAGAGGCGCGUAUAUGACGAGCGAGCGCGAGCGAGCCAAAGAAUUGGGGUAUGACGAUCCCAUACAAGAUACACUAGAAAGUACACAUGAUGCCUACGAUAGGGCUGUGGAGUUUUUAAUCAGGAAGCAAAGCGAGGUACAGGGGACAAUGGGAACAAAAUUAGAUUUACGGAAUUCGGCUCUAGUGUUUAUGAUCGCCUCCCAUAAUGUUGACUCGAUGAUAAAAGCAUGUAAACUGAUGGAUGAGUUGAACGUCUCUUCUGAUUCGGGAGUGAUCUUAUUUGGCCAAUUGUUUGGGAUGCGCGAUCACGUAUCGUUUACACUGAAUCGUCAUGGAUAUGAAGUGUAUAAAUAUAUCCCAUAUGGCAAGCUUGAAGAAGUCAUACCAUAUCUUAUUCGAAGGGCUCAGGAGAAUUCAUCGGUGCUGAACGCUACAGACAAUGAGCAGAGCAUCCUCUGGAACGAGCUCGUAAGCCGUUUAUAA